UAAAGAUUUGUUUUUCCUCUUUGUUAAUUUAAUUCUUGUGCUCCGCAAGUAUUUCAGGUGCCGUUAUAGGGAGGGACACAACUGAACACAACAACACACAUAGACAUAGUCAUUUUCCACUUCCAUUGGUCCACUUUAUAUCACGUGAAUCUCUCCUUUCCUAUAAGAUAGGAUCUACCACCACCCAUUUACUCCCCACUCCCACUCCACCCAAUCUCAUUCCCUGCAACCACCAUCGCCGCCUCAACCACCACCUAUCAUGUCUUCUUCCACGGCACCAAUAGUCCCGUGUUCUACCACUGAGCUUGCCACCUUUUUCGGCCCCAACACCACAAACCCCUUCGCAGCAGCUGCCUACAUCUGCUCCCGCUUCACCUCCACCUCCACACAGUUUGCCUCCACAACCUACGCCUUGGACUCCACCUUCCUUCUCUUCUCUGCUUACCUCGUCUUCUCCAUGCAGGUUGGGUUCGCCAUGCUCUGCGCCGGCUCCGUCCGUGCUAAGAACACCAUGAACAUCAUGCUUACCAACGUCCUUGACGCUGCUGCUGGGGCUCUCUUCUACUAUCUCUUCGGAUUCGCUUUAGCUUUCGGCUCCCCUAGUAACCCCUUCAUCGGACGCCGGUUCUUCGCCCUCGAGUCUUUUCCCAACAGUGACGUUGAUUUCCCUUAUUUUCUUUAUCAAUGGUCGUUUGCUAUUGCAGCUGCUGGAAUCACUAGUGGGUCUAUAGCCGAGAGGACUCAGUUCGUGGCGUAUUUGAUAUACUCAUCGUUCUUAACAGGGUUCGUUUACCCGGUGGUUUCUCAUUGGUUUUGGUCAGAAGAUGGGUGGGCGAGUGCUAGUAACACUCAUCUACUGUUUGGGUCGGGUGUUAUUGAUUUUGCUGGCUCUGGUGUUGUUCAUAUGGUUGGCGGAAUUGCUGGAUUUUGGGGUGCCUUCAUUGAAGGUCCGAGGAUUGGAAGAUUUGACCACGAGGGUCGAUCUGUUGCAUUGAGGGGUCAUAGUGCCUCACUGGUGGUCUUAGGGACUUUUCUACUUUGGGUUGGGUGGUAUGGGUUCAACCCAGGUUCCUUUACUAAAAUUCUUGUAACUUAUGAUGGGUCACAAGCAUACUAUGGUCAAUGGAGCGCGAUUGGAAGGACCGCGGUCACUACUACAUUAGCGGGUUGCACAGCCGCCCUAACCACAUUGUUUGGUAAAAGAAUUCUUUCGGGUCAUUGGAACAUUACUGAUGUUUGCAAUGGUUUAUUGGGUGGGUUCGCAGCAAUCACAUCUGGAUGUGCUGUGGUUGAGCCAUGGGCUGCAAUAAUUUGUGGUUUUGUGGCGGCAGGGGUACUAAUGGGCUCGAACAAGUUAGCAGAGCUAUACAAAUAUGAUGACCCGUUGGAGGCAGCCCAACUACAUGGCGGGUGUGGGGCGUGGGGGGUCCUUUCUACGGCCCUUUUUGCAAGCAAGAAGUAUGUCGACGAGGUUUACCCGGUCUCGGGUAAAGUCGGUCGACCAUAUGGUUUGUUUAUGGGUGGGGGUGGUAGGCUUUUGGCAGCCCAUAUUGUUCAAAUCUUGUCUAUAAUCGGGUGGGUUAGCUUCACAAUGGGUCCCCUAUUUUUGGUCCUUCAAAAGCUCAAACUUCUACGAAUAUCACCCGAUGAUGAAAUGGAGGGUAUGGAUUUGACCCGGCAUGGUGGAUUCGCUUAUGCUUAUAAUGAUGAUGGGGAUUCUAACCAACGGGUAGGGAUCCAAUUAAGAAAAAUUGAUGGAUAUGGGUCAACUUCAUAAUCAUAUGCUUUUUAAAAGUGCUACUUGUAGCAUCAUAUCAAUUGAAAGUUGGUUUUCUUCGACAUUGUAAAAUCUUUUAGUCCCAAUUAAUUAAAAGUUGUAGAUUCAACAUAUAGAAAAGUUAACUAUUAUUCCCUUACAUUUAAUUUUGGAUUUAGAUAGGUAGAUCCUAAAUUUCAAUUACUUUUUAAAUUUUUUCUCUUUAUUGAUUAAUCUAUUUGUA